AUGGGGUCAAGUGGACUUGGGAAAGCAGCAACAUUAGAUGAGCUGCUGAGCACUUGCAUUGAGAUGUUUGAUGACAAUGGAGAGCUGAAUAAUAGUUAUUUGCCAAGAAUAGUUCUACUCAUGCACCGAUGGUAUUUGUCUUCCACUGAAUUGGCAGAAAAACUUCUCUGCAUAUAUCUUUCUAACUACUGUGUAAUUUUUACAAUCAUAAAUCAAGUUCUUGGAGAAAGCUGUGAUGAAUUUCGAUUAAAGAUCUGCUACUUCAUGAGGUACUGGAUUGUGAAAUUUCCUGCAGAAUUUAAUUUGGACCUCGGUUUGAUCCGUAUGACUGAGGAAUUCCGGGAAGUAGCUAGUCAACUGGGAUAUGAGAAACACACCAGCCUCAUUGACAUAUCCAGCAUUCCUUCCUAUGACUGGAUGAGAAGAGUCACACAGAGAAAAAAAGUAUCCAAGAAGGGAAAAGCCUGUCUGCUGUUCGACCAUCUGGAGCCCAUUGAAUUGGCCGAGCACCUCACUUUUCUGGAGCAUAAAUCUUUUAGAAGGAUCUCAUUCACUGAUUACCAAAGCUAUGUCAUCCAUGGCUGCCUGGAGAAUAACCCAACCUUGGAGAGAUCUAUUGCUUUAUUUAAUGGAAUCUCUAAGUGGGUCCAGUUGAUGGUUCUUAGCAAACCAACUCCUCAGCAAAGAGCAGAAGUCAUCACAAAGUUUAUCAAUGUUGCCAAGAAGCUCCUUCAGCUCAAAAAUUUUAACACCCUGAUGGCAGUGGUGGGAGGCCUCAGUCAUAGUUCCAUUUCCCGGCUCAAAGAGACCCAUUCUCAUCUUUCUUCAGAAGUUACAAAGAACUGGAAUGAAAUGACAGAGCUGGUCUCCUCCAACGGCAAUUACUGUAAUUACCGCAAGGCUUUUGCCGACUGUGACGGCUUCAAAAUUCCAAUCCUUGGCGUCCACUUGAAAGACUUGAUAGCAGUCCAUGUCAUUUUCCCAGACUGGACAGAGGAGAACAAAGUGAACAUUGUGAAAAUGCACCAGCUCUCCGUUACCCUGAGUGAACUGGUCUCCCUGCAGAAUGCCUCUCACCACUUGGAACCCAACCUGGAUUUGAUCAACUUGCUCACCCUUUCUCUGGACCUCUAUCACACAGAAGAUGAUAUUUACAAACUAUCACUGGUUCUGGAGCCUAGAAAUUCUAAAUCGCAGCCUACCUCCCCUACGACGCCCACCAAGCCUGUGGUGCCCCUGGAGUGGGCCUCAGGAGUGAUGCCAAAGCCAGAUCCUACAGUCAUCAACAAGCACAUAAGGAAAUUAGUUGAGUCUGUGUUUAGGAACUAUGACCAUGACCAUGAUGGGUAUAUUUCCCAAGAAGACUUUGAAAGUAUAGCUGCCAAUUUUCCCUUCUUGGAUUCCUUUUGUGUGCUGGACAAAGAUCAGGAUGGCCUAAUCAGUAAGGAUGAGAUGAUGGCUUACUUCCUGAGAGCUAAGUCCCAACUACACUGUAAAAUGGGACCAGGAUUUGUCCAUAAUUUUCAGGAGAUGACCUAUCUCAAGCCAACCUUCUGUGAACACUGUGCAGGAUUUCUCUGGGGCAUAAUCAAGCAAGGAUACAAAUGCAAAGAUUGUGGAGCCAACUGUCAUAAACAGUGCAAAGACCUCCUGGUUCUGGCCUGCAGGAGGUUUGCCCGGGCACCCUCCUUGGGCAGCAGCCAUGGGUCACUGCCUGGAAGUCCCUCGUUGCCCCCAGUGCAAGAUGAGGUGUUUGAGUUCCCUGGUGUCACCGCUGGACACCGAGACCUGGACAGCAGAGCCAUCACGCUGGUCACAGGCUCCUCUGGCAAGAUCUCCGUGCGGCUGCAGCGGGCCACCACCAGCCAGGCCACCCAGACCGAGCCCGUGUGGCCAGAGGCUGGCUGGGGCGACUCAGGGUCCCACACCUUCCCCAAAAUGAAGUCCAAAUUCCACGACAAAGCAGCAAAGGACAAAGGCUUUGCCAAGUGGGAAAAUGAGAAGCCCAGGGUGCAGGCUGGUGUGGAUGUUGUUGACCGAGGCACCACGUUUGAGCCUGACCAGGAUGAAGCAGACAUGGAUGAGACCAAACAGGAUGGUGAGGAUGGCUGA